GAUGGAAAGGACUUUGGAAUCGGGGAGCUCGUCUGGGGAAAGAUCAAAGGUUUCUCAUGGUGGCCUGCCAUCGUCGUGUCCUACAGAGCCACAGCCAAGCGCCAGGCUGUCUCGGGCAUGCGGUGGGUGCAGUGGUUCGGAGACGGGAAGUUCUCUGAGGUUUCUGCAGACAAGCUGGUGGGACUGAUGGCCUUUAGGCAGCAUUUCAAUUCUUCCACGUUCAAUAAGCUGGUCUCCUACCGACGAGCCAUAUACCAUGCCCUGGAGGUUGCCCGGAGCCGGUCGGGGAAGACGUUUGCAGCCGCCCCCGGGGAGUCGCUGGAGGAGCAGCUGAAGCCCAUGGUCGACUGGGCGCUCACCGGCUUCAAGCCCUUGGGCUAAAACAAAGCCUCGGGUCAGGUGGUGGCAUGAGAGAACGGGAUCCUAAGGAAAGGGACGGAAGAGGUGCUGUCCCUCGAGCAGUGUCCCCCCACCAAGAGGCUGAAGACCAACCUCUGCAACAAUGGCAAAGAGCAGCGAGUGGAAGAGGACCAGACCCGAGAGCAAAUGGUUUCUGAAGUUACGAACCACGGUGGGAGUCUUGAAGAGAGCUGCUUGUCCUGCGGGAGGAGGAACCCGGCCAUCUUCCUCCCCCCCCUCUUCCAGGGGGGCCUGUGCCAGACGUGCAGGGAUAGAUUCCUGGAGCUCUUCUACAUGUAUGAUGAGGAUGGCUACCAGUCCUACUGCACCGUCUGCUGCGAAGGCAAGGAGCUGCUGCUCUGCAGCAAUGCCAGCUGCUGCAGGUGCUUCUGUGUGGAGUGUCUGGAGGUGCUGGUGGGGCGAGGGACAUCGGCCAAGGCGAAAGAGCAGGAGCCCUGGAACUGCUAUAUGUGCCAGCCCCAGGGGAGCUACGGGGUGCUGCAGCGCCGGCAGGACUGGAACACCCGCCUGCAGGACUUCUUCACCAGCGACAAGGGACAGGAAUACGCUGCACCCAAAAUCUACCCAACGGUCCCAGCAGCGAAGAGGAGACCAAUUCGAGUGCUCUCUUUGUUUGAUGGCAUAGCAACAGGGUACCUGGUGCUGAAGGACUUGGGUAUCCAAGUGGAGAAGUACAUCGCCUCGGAGAUCUGCGAAGACCCCAUUGCCGUGGGCACCGUGCGGCACGAGGGCAACAUCACCUACGUGCAGGAUGUCAGGAACAUUACCAAGAGAAACAUCGAGGAGUGGGGUCCCUUCGACCUGGUGAUCGGUGGAAGCCCCUCUAACGACAUCUCCCUUGUCAGUCCAGCCAGGAAGGGGCUGUAUGAAGGAACCGGGAGGAUGUUCUUUGAAUUCUACCACCUCCUGAACUACGCCCGUCCCAAGGCAGGAGAGGAGCGGCCUUUCUUCUGGAUGUUUGAGAAUGUGGUGGCCAUGAGGGUCAAUGACAAGAGGGACAUUUCCCGGUUUUUGGAGUGUAACCCGGUUAUGAUCGACGCUAUCAAGAUAUCCGCUGCCCACCGAGCACGCUAUUUCUGGGGCAACCUUCCAGGGAUGAACAGGAUCUUCGGCUUCCCCCUCCACUACACGGACGUCUCCAACAUCGGCCGCGGGGCUCGCCAGAAGCUGCCGGGGAGAUCGUGGAGCGUCCCCGUCAUCCAGCACCUCUUUUCCCCGCUCAAGGAUUACUUUGCUUGUGAAUAG